AUGACCACCUUAAAAUCGUUCCAAGCUGAGAUCGAAGCAAUCUCACAUGAAAAGCAUAUCCAAUCUAUCAAAGAAGCUCGAGAGGCGCACGCUGCAGCUGAGCUGGCAAGACAUCACGGCAAAUUACCUUCGACGAAGCACCAGCCUGUCAUUGAGGUGAAGGUGGAGGAUGAGAAGGAUGAAGUAGCUGAAAUAUCAUUAGAGGAAUUGAUAAUCUCCGAUGACAACAAUAUCGAUGACCUCCAAUCCCGCUUGGCCUCAAAACUAUUAAAGGGCCAUGGAGAACAACUGAUAUCACUAGGAGCUCACCCCUCACCUCAACAUACCUAUACUUUGAAUCCUUUAUCCGCCGAUGACUCAAAGUCAAUACCCAUAGUGGGCAUAGCUUUGUCCUCGACCCAAUUAGACAAAUCGAUCGAGAAACUCAGAACAGUGUGUCAGGCUUUGAAAGCCGAGCUUAAUGAGCUAUACAGGAUAAAUCAGGACCAGAGCAGUCAUGGAUGUUGGCUUGUGCGCUUAACUCCUAGAGGAGUCGAGGAGAUCAUGGAAGUUAGAGUUGCCGUUGUGGGUAAUGUAGAUGCUGGGAAGAGUACUACUUUGGGAGUGUUGACUAGAGGUGGUUUGGAUGAUGGACGAGGCAAAGCACGAGUUGCACUCUUCAGACACCCCCAUGAGAUUGAGACUGGACGUACAUCCUCAGUAGGAGGCGAGAUAUUGGGCUUCUCACCUACCGGUCAACCUGUCAUACCCACUACGCACGUUACCGACAAUGCAGAUGGUCAUAAUCAUGCUUUAGCAGCUGCCAAAAGAGAGAAAUUGGGCUGGGAAGAGAUUUGCAAAAGGGCUGCUAAGGUAGUGAGCUUCAUUGAUCUAGCAGGACACGAGAGGUACUUCAAAACUACCUUGUACGGAUUGAGUGGAUGUGCACCGGAUUAUGUCAUGUUGAUGGUUGGUGGAAAUGCUGGUCUGAUAGGAAUGUCCAAGGAGCACCUAGGUGUAGCUUUGGCUUUGAAUGUACCCAUAGCAGUAUGCGUUACCAAGAUCGAUAUGACCCCGCCGAAGAUUCUCGAGCAAACUGUCAAUAUGCUUACCAAAGUAUUGAAGAGUCCCGGGUGCAGGCGAAUACCGGUAUUUGUGAAUACCGCUCAAGAAGCAGUCGAUUGUGCAAGAUACCUCGGUCAGCCGCUAGGCUCAGGAGGAAGAUUAUGUCCCAUCUUUAUGGUAUCAAAUGUGACGGGGCAUAAUCUGCCGAUGCUCAGGAGCUUCUUGAAUUGCCUGCCGUCUUCUCAGUCCGAUGACAAGUACGUGGUGGAUGCGCCGUUCGAAUUCCAGAUAAGCGAUGUCUUCUCUGUACCGUUCGUCGGUACUGUAAUGAGCGGCGUGAUCACGUCUGGUACGGUGCAUGCCAAUGAUGCCGUACUGCUCGGGCCAGACUCUGUUGGCCAGUUCAUGCCCACUGCUGUUAAGACGAUACAGCGUAAACGGGCCUCAGUGAAUAGCGGUGAAGCUGGUCAGAGUGUUUCGUUCGCGCUCAAAAGGAUAAGGAGGACACAGGUCAGGAAGGGUAUGGUAUUGAUAGGAAAGACCGAUAAUCCUCCGAAGGCCGUCAAACGAUUCGAAGGGAUGGUCAUGGUACUACACCACGCAUCGACCAUACAGCCGAAAUACCAAGCAAUGAUGCACUGCGGUGCUAUAAGGCAAACCGUCAGAAUCGUCUCAUUGGACCACCCGUCGGGAUUGAUAAGGACGGGUGAUCGUGCCAAGUGUGUAUUCGAAUUCAUAAGUCACACUGAGUUCUUGAAAGAGGGCCAGUUGAUCCUGUUGAGGGAGGCGAAAACGAAAGUUUUGGGCGUGGUCACAAAGGUAUUACCAUGA